AUGUUGUCUAAGAUGACCGACAAAGAGAGUAAUUGGCAGGCCAAGAAGGGUAAUCCUACUAGCCUCAACCCUAGAAGGUCUAAGGAGAGUAUUAUUAAGCUAUUCGAGGCCACUAUUAUUGAAGCCAUUAAUGGUGGGUGGGUUACUCUGCAUGAGCACUACAGCUACUACUUUGAGGACACG